AGAGCUGUGCAGAGGAUGCCCACGUGCAGCCCAUUCACCCAUCCCAUCCCAGAUCAGGCAGCCACCCGCUCCCAGUCUGGAAAUGGAAGUCACAGCAGAGUCCCCAAAAGCCCUGGCUCGUCAUUCAGGGCAUCUCCUACAGCUCUGCUCCCUGCCCUUCCCGUCUCAGCCUGGACUCUGCCUUUUCAUCCUUUUCUAUUCAUCUUCAACUCAUCUCUGUCCGCUCCCACCCACACUCGGUGCUCGGAGAUGCACAUGAGAGGACGCCUGAGACACAGCUCUGUGCACGCUUCCUCUGCCCGCAGCGAGUGGCUUACAAGCCAGGCGGAGCUGAGCGGUUACUACGAGGCUGAUAACACAACCCCGUCUUUGGAGGGCUACUUCUGCUUCAAUCCGGCCUCAUCUGUGGUCGGCAACCAGCGAGACCCGUUCAGGAAGGUCUUCAUGCCCCUCAUCUACCUGCUUAUGUUUGUGCUGGGAACUGUGGGCAAUGCCCUGGUCCUGGUCAUUUUGGAGAGGUUCAAGCGGUCGCGCACAACCACGGAAAACUUCCUCUUCCACCUCACCCUGGCCAACCUGGCGCUGCUGCUCACCUUCCCGUUCAGCGUGGUGGAGAGCUUGGCCGGGUGGGUAUUUGGGACUUUCCUCUGCAAGAUCCUCAGCGCCGUCCACAAGAUCAAUUUCUACUGCAGCAGCAUGCUGCUGGGGUGCAUCGCGGUGGACCGCUACCUGGCCAUCGUUUACGCCAUCCACACCUACCGCAAGCGCAGGGCUCGCUCCAUCCACCUCACCUGCACGGCCGUCUGGCUCUGUUCCUUGCUCUUGACCUUACCCGAUCUCAUCUUCAUGGAGGUCUGGACAGAUGAGAGCAACCGCAGCAUUUGCUAUUUCCCCGAGAUUGGGAUUCACGGCAACAACGCGUGGCUGGCAACCCGGUUCCUGUACCACACCGUGGGUUUCUUCGUGCCCCUGCUGGUGAUGUGUUACUGCUACAUGGCCAUCGUCCGGACCCUGUGCCAGUCCCAACGCCUGCAGAGACAAAAAGCCGUCCGUGUGGCCAUCCUGGUCACGGGCGUGUUCCUGCUCUGCUGGAGCCCCUACCACAUCGUCAUCUUUCUCAACACCCUCACCAAGCUGGAAGCCUUCACCAAGAACUGCCUCCUGGAGGACCAGCUGGACACGGCCAUCAUGGUGACAGAGGCCAUCGGCUUCACACACUGCUGCCUCAACCCCAUCCUCUACGCCUUCAUCGGGGUCAAGUUCCGUAACGACUUCUUCCGCAUCCUGCAGGAGCUUGGCUGCAUAAGCCAGGAGACCCUGCAGGAGAUCCUGGAGGUGACCAGGAAGGGCAGUGGAAUCGAGUCUGACAACACCACCUCCAUCUCCACUUUCUAACUCAGGCUGCCGCGGGGCAGAAAUGACCUCUGGUGUGCCCGUGCGGUGGCACACGUGCUGUGGCCUCAGUCCUAAGUUUCACAAGUGUCCCCACCAUUCUCUUUACUCCUCAGGAAGCUGAGCUCUGACAGCCAUCUAACACCCAAAUCCCACCAGAUUCCUUCCCUGGAUCCUUCUGUUUCACAUCCAUUCCGAAAUCUGCCUGGCAGCUGCUGGCAAACGCCUGAUGGGCACUGACAGGGCCGGAUGAAUGCAGGCAGGUUGAACCUGACACCACCACACCUCCCCCAAAAACAAUUGACUGCGGGUGUCCCGUGCACAGCCAGACACAGGACGGGGUUGCCAGGGGGUAGGAAAAAAAAGCACAGCCAAGUCAAGGUGGAGUCACGUCAGGGAGCAAGCACUGAGGACAAAGAUGAAGCCAGCUCCUGUUUCACCUGCUCAGGUCACUGGACAUGCCCAAAGGAAGCAGUGGGACUCAAUUACCACGGCAGGCAGAGUGAGGGAUGCAAGCAAAAUUCCAAAGCUUUCUUUUAAGGCAGGUGACUGUCCGGACAGAUGGCUUCAGCCUUGUGACUGAGCACAGAGAGGACGAACUACGUCUUUAGGAGGCUGAAGGUGUCACUUAUUUUUUUUUUUGCAAGUGGUUGUGCAGUGCUUUGUGUGUUCUGAAAGGAGGAGACCCAUUACCUCAGCGUAAGGUAGAACACGGAAGGAAGAGCUAAUUUGCAUGAUUUCUAUUUGGUUUUAGCAGGCCGAAUGGGAACGUGCCGUUUUGCUUAGCGCUGUGCUUUCAGAUACUCUUGCUCUACCUGCAUGCCUGGAGCCUUUGGUCACUGAGUGCAUCAAGGUUUGCACAGAACAAACCUGAGCAUUGAUUUUGCCUUGAACCAGGAGUAUCCAGCAACCGCCUGGAUCAGGGCUUCUCAGGAACAAGCCGGUCCAAAACGAGAGUGGCAGCUCGUUAGUGCAGCACAACAAGCACGUAGGGCAGCCCAACAGACUGGUGCAGCUCGCUGUUCCCUCGUAGGCCUUGUCCCAGGAAGGUGUCAGCACACACAGCAUUGCUUCGGGACGUUUCUGUAAUUAGCUAAACACCACUUUGGCCUAAACGGAGUGACAGCCACACACACAAACUGUCACACGGGAACGACCCUAGCCACCAGCACACAUUAAAAUCGGCUGUACCACUCACCUCACUGCUUAUGCAAAGUCGGAGCAAUGGCAGUGCUACUGCUGCAGCGGGGAUUUUGUGCUAAAAUCCCUUCUGAAGUUCAAUCCCCUAACAAAAAGCUCAGUGACAACCUAACCUCACCACAGCCAAGGGCCACGCUGCAAAGAGCCAUCGUUAAGGAAUGGGUCACUUCAGCCUAGUCCAGCUCAGGCAGAGAUCUGAAUAAGUUGUCUGCAGCUUCCGACAUGACAAGAAAACUCCCCAAAUGCGAGGCCUUGAUAGAAAGAGCAGUCCCCAUUUCCUGCAGCGCUGCAUCUUUGAAGCUGAAACCUUCAGGUAAUGGUGACUGUGGCUGUCCAAGCACGAACAGCAGAGGAAGAGCUGCUCUUUGAAGCCUGCCCUUGCUACCUCCACAGCUGUACCAGCGAACGAAGCCGUGCAGACGUGUUGUAAACACCUCCCUAGCCCCAGCCUGUGGGUCCUUACACAACCAUUGCUGAGGAAUUGAGCAGAGUGUAAACCCUUACAGCAUUCACAGAGUAAAAGCAAAAUCUACACACAAAACCUGGGUGAACAGAUUACGCAUCUAUCGUUACUGUGGUGUUCGUGGCGUUAAACUUCUUGAAAGUUUACGAGAGCUGUAACAAACAAAUAAAGUACUCUCUCUUCCCACAUA